ACGAUGUCGUCCGCUAAACAAUGCGACAAUGGAUUCCGUAUGUUCAUCGUAUUCGGCGAAGCAACUCAAAUCGACAAUGAAGCUCAAAUCGCGUACGGAAAAUCUAUGUAAUUACCGACCUCUCCGGCAUUCAGACAUUUCUUGAUUUAGUCAAAUCAAAUUCUAUAUAUGUUAAUAUUCAUCUGAUUUCUCUGGAAUUCGAAUUCCGGACGGUGGAAUUUUCCAAGUUUGUUGCCUUUCUUCGUCAAGCCAUGGAUGCCAUUUUCAACAGGCUCCGGAAUUUGGAUGCUUACCCUAAAAUCAAUGAAGAUUUCUACAGGCGGACCUUUUCUGGUGGCAUAAUCACCAUUGCUUCCUCCUUUAUCAUGCUCUUCCUCUUCUUCUCCGAGCUAAGAUUGUACCUCCAUGCUAAAACUGAGACAAGGCUCAUCGUAGAUACAUCAAGGGGGGGAAAGUUACACAUAAAUUUUGAUAUGAGUUUUCCUGCGAUUCCAUGUUCUAUACUCAGUAUUGAUGCCAUAGAUGUCAGUGGAGAGCAACAUCUUGAUAUAAGACAUAAUAUAAUCAAAAAAAGAACUGACUAUCAUGGCAAAAUCAUAGAAGCCAGACCAGAUAACAUUGGUGCCCCUAAGAUUGAGAAACCGUUGCAGAGGCAUGGUGGCAGGCUGGAGCACAAUGAAACAUACUGUGGUUCAUGUUUUGGAGCAGAAUCGUCAGAUGACGAGUGUUGUAAUUCAUGUGAAGAGGUUCGUGAAGCAUACAGAAAGAAAGGUUGGGCUAUUACUAAUCAAGAUUUGAUAGACCAGUGCCAACGAGAAGAUUUUAUACAAAAGGUAAAGGAUGAAGAAGGUGAAGGGUGUAAUAUCGAAGGAUCUCUUGAAGUUAAUAAAGUAGCUGGAAGUUUCAACUUUGUGCCUGGAAAAAGCUUUCAUCAGUCAAGUUUCAAUUUUCUUGGGUUGUUCGCAUUGCAAACAAGCGACUACAAUGUAAGUCACCGAAUAAAUAGAUUAGCUUUUGGCAACCACUAUGAUGGCUUGGUAAAUCCCCUUGAUGGGGUGCAUUGGAAAUAUGAUAAACAGAAUGUUAUGCACCAGUACUUUGUCAAGGUGGUUCCAACUAUAUACACGGACAUCGGAGGUCAUACUGUCCAUUCAAAUCAGUACUCUGCAACGGAGCAUUUCAAGAGUGUGGAGUUCGGAAAUUCUCUGUCUAUACCCGGAGUUUUCUUUUACUACGAUCUUUCUCCUGUUAAGGUGACCUAUUCAGAGGAGCAUGUUCCAUUUUUACACUUCAUGACUCACAUUUGUGCCAUAGUUGGAGGUGUUUUCAGCGUUGCAGGAAUUGUAGAUGCAUUCAUAUAUCACGGUCAAAGAAAAAUGAAGAAGGUCGAAAUUGGAAAACUUGGUUGAUAUCUCAGCUCUCUUCCAUGUUAGUGCAGUUUUGAUCAAGCUGAUACGUUUCAUUUGAGAAUCAAAAUGCAAUUGUAUCAUGAUUUAAAACAUUCUUAUAUUCCAUUUCAGGGAAUUAGAUUCAUUUCCAAACUGAGGUUAAAAUCAGUUCCCCCCCCCCCCCCCCAAAAAAAAGGGAAAACAGGA